AUUGUAAUUUAUUUCAUUGUCCGCCCCCCCUGUAAACAGGCUGCAGAUACUCUGGCUGUGAGGCAGAAAAGAAGAAUUUAUGAUAUCACCAACGUCUUGGAAGGGAUCGACCUGAUUGAGAAAAAGUCCAAAAACAGCAUCCAGUGGAAAGGUGUGGGCGCUGGCUGCAACACUAAGGAAGUCCUGGAGAGACUGCGAGACCUCAGAGCCGAGGUCGAGGACCUGGACCUGAAGGAAAGGGAACUGGAUCAGCAGAAGUCGUGGCUGCAGCAGAGCAUCAGAAAUGUGAUGGAUGACGCCAUCAACAGCAGGUUUUCCUACAUGACUCACGAGGACAUCUGCAACUGCUUCCAUGGUGACACACUGUUGGCCAUCCAGGCACCUGCUGGCACGCAGCUGGAGGUCCCGCUCCCAGAGAUGGGUCAGAAUGGACAGAAGAAGUACCAGAUCAACCUCAAGAGUCACUCGGGCCCCAUCCACGUGCUGCUGAUAAAUAAAGAGUCCAGUUCGUCUCAGCCUGUGGUUUUCCCUGUUCCCCCACCGGACGACCUCACGCAGCCCCCCUCUCAGCCUUCGACUCCCCGGACUCCGCACAAGCCCAGCCCCACCCCGCCGAGCCCUCCGGGGCCGCCCGCCUCUGAGAGGAGCCCCGGCCUCCAGCACAUCCCGGCCACAGACUCGGCUUCAGGAUCUGUUACUGGAGAUCUCAUUGAUGAGCUGAUGUCUUCUGAUGUGUUUCCUCUCCUGCGGCUCUCCCCCACCCCCGCGGACGACUACAACUUUAACUUAGAUGACAGUGAAGGAGUGUGUGACCUGUUUGAUGUCCAGAUACUAAAUUACUAGACUCCUUGGACACCUGGGACAGUAUCUACCUCUAACUGAAACCUUGUAGACUUGCUAAUAACCUGAGUAUUUAUAAUGUACGUAACGCCUGUUUAGGUCGCUGAUUCUGACGUCUUCUUCCCUAAUACUUGCUCUCUGACUUCACAAAACGUCAACUGUGAAGACAAAGGGCUCCGAAGCCCCUACAGUGACUGCAUUCUGGAACUUCAGCUUCCCUUCCAAUUCUAACUCCUGUUUUUACUCUUGUGAAAGGAAAGUUAAAAGUAGGUUAAGGUCAUCAAAAAACAAAAUGGCCAAGGGCUCAUCACUUAUUUGUGUUCCGCUUUUACUGCCACGAAACUGUCUGUAUUUCUGCGCUCCAAUCCUGACAGACAGUCACUGCCACGUAUGGAGUGAAGGUGUCCGAGAGGCUACGGUCACUUCCCGUGAAGAGUUUGUGAAGUGCCUUUGUUCUAGCACUUUAAGUUCACCACGUUUGCUGACUCCUGACAUUCCACUUUCCUGGAUUAUAGGAGAGGGCUGUUUAUGUAGUGGUUUUUAAAAUGUGCCAAUGCCUGUACAUUAACAAGAUUUUUAAAAAUAAAGUUGUAUAAAGCA